AUGGCAAUCAAACUACCCUAUAAGCUCAUCUCCAUCUUCAUCAUCAUCCUAACUCACUCAGCAACGCAAGUUCUUUCAGUAGCCCCUGAAUGUGGAUCCGAAGAACACAAUUCAUGCAACAACAAACACAAGGCUUUACCCCUCAAAAUCAUCGCCAUUGUUUCUAUUCUCAUUACUAGCAUGAUCGGAGUUUCUUUACCCCUCGUAACUCGUUCCAUCCCGGCCCUAAGCCCGGACCGAAACUUAUUCGUGAUCGUGAAGGCCUUCGCUGCCGGGAUCAUUCUCGCGACCGGAUUCAUGCACGUUUUGCCGGAUUCAUUCGACAUGUUGAGCUCCAGCUGCUUGAAAGAAAACCCGUGGCACAAGUUCCCGUUUUCGGGUUUUCUGGCCAUGCUUUCGGCUAUUGUGACGCUGAUGAUUGAUUCCAUGGCUACAAGUGUUUAUACUAGGAAGAAUGGGAACACAAAAAUGGCUGUGAUUCCUUCGAAUGGAAGUCCUCCUGGUGAUCAAGAAAUGGGAGGUGUUGUUGAUGGACAUGGCGGUCAUUUCCAUGGUCAUGGCGGCCAUCACCAUGGAUCAUCCAUGAUCAAGAGUGAUGCCGUCGGCUCCCAACUCUUGCGUUAUCGAGUCAUUGCCAUGGAAAAUGUUUUAAGAUAUGUACCGUAA